AUGGAUAUGCCUUCAUUUUCCGGGAGUUUUGGAUAUUACAUGCUCGCCCGUAUGCUCCGUGUUAAGAAGAAACACAAACUUUGGUUUUUGUUCGCCGGCCAUCCUGUAAGAUUCUCCCUCCGAAAAUUUGCUUUGGUUACCGGGCUCGAAUUCGAUUCAGUUGUUAGCAUGUUGCAAAAGAAGAAAAUUUCCGACAAAGAGAAAAGAUUCAAAUGUGCAUGUCUCGCUGUCACGGCUGCUGUUUUAGUACCUACAUCUCAUGUUACAAAAAUUGUCCCUGAACAUGUUGAGCUGAUUAGGGACAUAGACGCCUUUCUUUCUUAUCCAUGGGGGAGAGUUGGAUUUGAUCUACUUGUCUCUAGUAUAAAAUCCAAAGAUGAGUUGGAGCUUUCGCAGAAGACAAUCUCCAUCAAAGGGUUUUUCUAUGCAAUUCAGCUCGUAAUGAUGGCCGCUGUCCCUACCCUUACUGAAGUUGUACAAGCCCCUUCUGGAGAAUCCGACAGUGAUUGUGAAGAUGAAUCUGAUACUGCUACUGCCACAUCCGGGGGACAAGAUGUGAAUCUGGGUAAUGACUCUACUACUUUGGUCGAUGGUGUGACAGCCACCGGAUCCGUGAAGAUGAUGCUAAGCCCCAGCCACGCGCGUGAGAUUGAUGAAGAAUCGAAGGCUAUAGUUCAUUCCAUCAUCCCUAGCGAUGGCGAAUGUGCCCUCGAGGGGAUGGACCUACGCAGGACCGACGAAGUUCCGGACGAGGCCGUAGAUCUGAUGAUCAAACUUAUCGGAGAUGGUUUUUUCUUUAGCAAGGAUAUGUUGACUGGUGGUCUGUCUGCUGCUGACUUGGUCCAUAUGCGUACUGAUAAGGUGCCGAAAGAGAAAGAAUCUAAAGACAAGAAGAAGAAAGACAAGACAGCUGAUUCUUCUUUUACAUCUUCCCUUAUUGAUCAGGACGCUAUUGCUGACCUUGUGGUUGAUAAAUUGAAACCCAAAUUGCAAUGUUUCAACAGCAGGUUAGGAGGUCUUGAAGCGUAUGUUAUUUUGCUGGAAAGGAAGAUAGUGCAAUCUAUUACCGGUGCCUUCAAGUCAUUUCAAGACUCAAUAAUGCAAAGUAUAUCUCAACCUGUCCGGCAUACACCCGUGAUGGCUGAAGUUAGAGAUCUCCCCACACGUACAAUUGGGGAUAAUAACGUUAAUCAACACCCUUUUUCUUCUAUCCACCCGUCAGCCACUGCGUCAGACGUUGAUGGUGAAACUGUUUGGAAAUCGGCAUCAAAAUGUGGGCGUUCAGAAUCAGUUACCACUAUACAAACCCAUGGGCGUUCAGAAUCAGUUACCACUAUACAAACCCAUUCAGUUCUCUCUGGCUCUACUCUGUUGACAAAGGCUCCUGCCCUUGCCAUGAGCAAUGAUGAGUUUCUUCGGAAUCUGAUUCAAUCUAUUAAUGCCCAGCUAUCUGGCAAAGAGGCAUCCGACUUUAGUAGUGGCUUUAAUGGUAAUCAUAAUUCUCAGUCCCAGGCUAUACCUCCGGUUUUCAGCACAUCAACGAUAGGCCCAAUGUCUACCCCUGCUGACAGGGCCGGCCCAAUAAUGGAUUUACUGUUAUCAGUAUCUCCUUCUUUUUCCUUGGGGUUAACACAAGAAGACCAGUUGGUGAAUCCGGUCCCAGAAAUCUCAAAAGGCAACGUAUCAGAAAACGAUGUUGCUCCCCCGCGGAAAAGUAAAAGAGUGAAGACCUCAUCAGUAGUUUACAAGGAUUACCAAUGCCUUUUGACUAAGCCAGCACCCGCGAAAAUGAAUUUCGUAAUGCCAUGUGACCCCAACGUGAACUACAGUGCUCGCUUUGUUGAGCUUAAAGCCAAGCUUGCCCACGACAGACGCCUUAUGGAGAUUUACCCGGGUGCAUCUGUCCAAACCGAAGAUGUUAUUGCCAUCGGCGAAAGAGUACGGGUGCUUCUUUCUAAGUACGCGAAAUUCUCGAAGACAGCUGUUAAAGACCGUUCCAGGUUCAAAUUCCAAGACUCGUUGAUGUCGUAUUUUGAAUCUGAAAACCCACAACGCCCUCUUCCCGACUCAAUGUAUUUCCCGUUCAAUUUCAACAAACGACACUGGGUCGGCGUCUGUGUGAACAUCCCCACUGCCUCCAUUAUGGUUCUUGAAUGCAAUGUCUCCUUUCGUUCAGACAGUGCACUUAAGAGAGAAUUCACCCCCAUCUGCAAUAUGUUUUCGUUCAUAGUCAGAGCAGCAGGCACAAAGGUUUUGCGUGACGAGAAACCGUAUACUUUGGAAAGGGCGCUGGGCAUUCCCCAGAAUGAGAUAAACUCAGAUUCUGCUGUCACUGCUGUAAUACUUAUGCAGGCGCAUGCAAGUGCAGGAUUGGAUGUCUGCCGUACUGUAACUCCGGAUUUGAUCUCGUCAGAGGCAUUCAAGUUUGCUAUAAUGUUCUGCGAAGAGUUUGGUCCAAAUCCAUAG